AUGAGGAUGCGAUGGCUCAGUGGAGCGACGUUGGGUGCCUGCACCAUUGUUUGCCUAUGGAUGCUGUGCGAACGACCGGGACAUGUUGCACUGCUCUCUUCAGCGUCGCAGAAGCUUCAACCAUCGGGUUCUGGCAUUCACAUCAAGGGCCUUGCAGAGGAGCAGGAGAAGCUGAGGCUGAAGAGGAUGCAUGCGCUGCACCCUGGAGCGAGUGCUCUGCAUGACUUCGAGCACUCACUCGAGGCCCGGUCCGGGUCUCAUCGCCCUGCCCGACCUUCUUCGUGGAGGGUCAGGCACAUGCAGGCAGCGCUGAAGCGACUGCAAGCGAAGGGGAGGGACGAAGAGGCGAGGAUGGCGAGCAUGCGGAAAGAGAUAGCGCAGGACAGGGAGGACUACCAUGAAGCACGGCAGCUGCUGCGACGAGGGAUGAAGGACAGGAAGUUGGCAGAGUCGGAGCGGGAGCGGGCGCACACUUUGAUCAAGGAGGCGAAGAAGGAGAAGGGGGAGCUGGAGCAGAAGAAGCUUGCAGACAAGCAGCUGCGGAGAGAAGUUCAGGAUAGAGUGCAGAGUCUGAGGAUAGCACGGGAUGACGACCUUGAGGAGCAGAAGCGCAACCAGGUGGUGAUGGACACCGUCUACUCCAUCCAACAGCAGGCGAACGCCGAGAGAUCGGAGGCAAUGACGUUGCGAUCUGACGCCCUGAACUCGCUGGCCGAAGCUCGAAGGUAUGCCCGCGAGGCAAAGAACAUGCGGAAGCUAGCUAGGAGCAUGGAGAACACAGCCAAACUGGACGGACAGGCUGAGAGCGUCUCCCAGGAGGCGGAGGCUUCGUCAUCGGUCAGCAAGGCCCCGACAGGCAAGGCUUCUUCCUUGUCCAAGAAGGUGGAAGCAACUGUGUCAAGGUUGAGGAGGGAGGCUGCGAGGUAUCGGCACGAGGCCUCCCGGCUCAUGAUCAAGUCAGAGAUGGUUGGCUCCAAGGCUCCGCGCGACCUGGCGGUGGCGAACAAAGUCCUCAAGACGGCCAAGUCGCUCUACGAGCAUGCCGAGAGCGUACAGAAUUCCUUGCGAAGUGCAGAGAUCCUGCACCAGCAGACGGAGUACCAGCAGAUGCCGCAGAGGCAGCAGGAGCUGGCGAGCAAGGAGGCGGCAGUGCAGCAUCUGGCAGCGAACCUAAAGGGGGAGGAGCGGGUGGCAGAUCAUCUGCAGGAGCUGCAAAUUGAAGCCAAGGAGCUGUUCCACAAGGCCGCUGCCGACGUGAGAUCGUCCGACCAGGAGGCACGGGAGGCGAAGAUCUCCUUGAAGGCUGCGAGGACGAGUGAGAUUGAGGACGAGGGAAGGUUGCAGGCCCUGGAACGAGCAUGGAGGGUCUCGCAACAGCAGAUGGCAUCCCUGAACGAUGCAGGACAAGCCAGAUAG